UAAAUGCAAAAUGUAAUGAAUGAGAAACAAAUGCUUCCUUGUGAAUACUUAAUUCCUCUUCUAUUUAUUUCUCCGUCUUCAACUUGUCCAUUUCCUUCCUUUCUUUCUUCACUUCUUUGUCCCCUCCUUCCUUCCUUCCUCCCUCCGAUUCUCUCCUGCACGCACAAUAGUAAACGGAGUGACUGAUUUCUCAGCUGAGCUGGGUUGAGUUUACAUGAGUAGACGUGACGGGGGCAGCCCAACCCCGCCGUAAUGAAACAGAAAACGUGGCCGCGCAGUUCGAGCGCCCUUCACUUCACAGCCUUUCCCUUCAUCAGAAGACCCGCACCCGCUGAUACCGCAACCUUCUCGAAGACGCCCAGAACUCCCCUCCCGUUCCUCAAUUCCAAGAUCGAGUCGUCCUCCGCACCCGAUUUCGCCGCGCUCCCCUAUGACGUUCUCUCAAGAAUCGCGGCGUCAUUCACGCUCCCUAGUUUAAGGGCCGCGUCGCUCGUCUGCAGAGCGUGGAGGGACGCGCUGAAGCCCUUGCGCGAGGCGAUGGCUUUCUUGAGGCUCGGAAAGAAAUUCAAGCACGGGCGUGGUGGAGUGAAGCCUAGUUUGAGCAAGGCCUUGGCUUUCUUCUUGAAGGGGGCGGCGCGCGGGUCAACUCUGGCAAUGGUGGACGCUGGAUUGAUCUAUUGGGAAAUGGGGAAAAGGGAUGAGGGGAUUGCUUGGUACAGGAAGGCCGCUGACUUGGGUGACCCCGCUGGCCAGUGUAAUCUAGCUCUUUCUUACUUGCAAGCGAGUCCUCGAAAGGCAAACGAGGCAAUCAAAUUGCUAUUCAAGGCUUCUUAUUCUGGUCAUGUCCGUGCUCAAUACCAACUUGCACUAUGUUUACAUCAAGGUCAAGGAGUGGCUCAAAGUCUCCAAGAAGCGGCUCGAUGGUAUCUAAGAGCUGCAGAAGGGGGAUAUGUCCGUGCAAUGUAUAAUACAUCUUUGUGCUACUUAAUGGGAGAGGGCUUGGUGAAGUCUCACAGGUUAGCACGAAAGUGGAUGAAGAAGGCAGCAGAUCACGGUCACUGCAAAGCUCAGUUUGAGCAUGGGCUCAGUCUCUUCUCAGAAGGUGAUAUGAUGAAGGCUGUCGUGUACUUGGAGCUGGCCACAAGGGCCGGGGAACGGGCAGCUGCUCAUGUUAAAAAUGUAAUACUUCAUCAAUUAUCUUCCAGCUCGCGGGACAGGGCAAUGUUUCUUGCUGACUCCUGGCAUGCUUUGCCUUCCUCCUCCCGCUGAUACGAUCAUGUUUACCACCCGCUCCUGUGAUUGUGACCGGCAACUAUUAUGUUAUUAUAACAUCGUUAGGCAUAGCAUAUGCAACAGUUGUUGGUUUCCUUGUUGCAAUGCAAUAACAAGGAAAGUCUUCCAGUUGAAAGAGUGUUAAGUUUUUUGACUUGUGGAUCAACGACAACCUGUUGAUAAUGAUGCAGUUUGGUAUUGUACA